CUGCCUGGGUGGACAGCACGUUCUCACCUUGAGGGGAGUGGAAAUGGCAGCUGGAAUGUGGGCUGGAAAAAAAAAAGAGAAAAAAAAAAGAAGAGAAUCUUGAGGCUUGUCCAAACCUACUGAUGUUUAUACUGGAGCCUGUGAGUGACAUCAGAGCGGGGAGAGUAUAAACACCAGCAGGACCUACUCGGGGCUUUAAAACCUGCGAACACGCCGCUGCCUCCAAACUGCCUGGGGGGUGAUGUGCUGCAGUGGCAGAGGGGAGAGCAGCAUGAGGCUCCAGCUGGAGAAGCAGCUCCUCUUCCUCUCCCUCCUCUGCAUCCUCUCCAAGGUGUGUGCCCAGCUGUGCCGGAGACCUUGCUACUGCCCCUGGGUGCCCCCCCGCUGCCCCCGCGGGUCCCCCCUGGUCCUGGAUGGCUGCGGCUGCUGCAAGAUCUGCGCCCGGCGCCUGGGAGAGCCCUGCGACUUCCUGCACGUCUGCGACCAGAGCCAGGGCCUCGUGUGUGACUACAGCGCAGCACCCAUGGGGAGAGCCACCUGCAACUUUGAAGACAUCGAAGAGGGCUGCGAGGUGAACGGCCGGGUCUAUCGGGAUGGGGAGGUUUUCCAGCCCAGCUGCAAGCUCCAGUGCCGCUGCCUGGAUGGGGGCUUCACCUGCAUCCCGCUGUGCCAGGAGGAUGUCCGCCUGCCCACCCCGGACUGCCCCUACCCGCGGCGCGUGGAGGUGCCAGGGAAGUGCUGCCCUGAGUGGAUCUGUGAAGCCCGGGACCAGCACCAUCCCCUCCAGGAUGCUGGGGCAGCGAGGAAACAGAGGUUAUUUGUAGCUGUUCCCACCCUAGUUGCAUCCCAGAGCCAACAUCUCAUCCCGGCAAAGAGUCUGGCACAAGCCCACGGCACUGUGGUUUUGGUGAAGAUGGAGAAUAUGUCCCUUGGGAAACUGGGAAUGAACUGAUGGACUUUGGCUGCAAAGGAGGGUGGAAAUAGAGAACAAGAUCCCCAUGUCACCCAGCACCUACCCCCUCUGCACACCCUGCUGCCCCAGGCAGGGUUAUUGGGCAGCAUCCACAAGUUUCUUUGGCUGAAUGAAAUGGAAAAUGGAGAAACCCUGCAGUGAGUGUGAACCCACCCGAGGAACCAGGAAUUGGUCCUUUCCCACCCUGGUGGUGCUUUUGGAGAAGUGAUGCUACUGCUCCACCAUGUCACACACACACAGCUAUGCUCUGCAGGGGAUGCAAGAGAGACCAUCUCCAAUACCUGGAAGCCCAAAUCCCCAGGGGAACCCUCAUGGGACCAAUCCCCAAGGAUGGAGCACGUACAUGGAGCCGCACACCACUACUCACCACCAUGCGAGGCUGAGCAGCUCAACCAUGCAUGAACUAAACCAUCCCACAACAUCCACCCUGCACCCAGCAGCAGCCUUCCCAAGCAUGGGCAGAAGCACCCUCCUGCCUGCAGCUCUAAUUCACCUCCAUUCUAAUUCACCACAUCUCUCCAGAAUCAACACGGACCUUCCUGCUCUGUCCGGCCUCCUCCUCCCCAAAGCACUGUUGGUUUGGCAGGGCUUUGGCGAGUGAGGAGCUCAGACACAGGAGAUGCAGCAGCAGAAGUAGCUCCUGCCAUCCAAGCACAUCCCUGCGAGCCACAGCCAAGGGAAAAGCAGGAAACAGAGAAAGCAACUCAUAAAGAUGAGUCGGGGCCAUCUCCUGAGAGGCUGGAGCUGCUCCAGCUAUGGAAGAGUCGGCGCAGGAGCACUGCCUUCACUUUCUCACAGUGAUAAUCCCUCUGGGUGACUGAAAAAUGAAACCCAAAUGCCCUCUAACGGCCUCGCACAAGCACGUGGAGGGAAUAUUUGUCCCCCCCGGCAGGGCAAGGACAACUGAAAAGGACCCACGGUUUAGGUGAUGUGUCCAGGUGAGAUACGGACAGUUCAUACGUGUGGAACUGAAAAUAAAGAUGUGCUCAUCCAGAUGUGGAGCUUGUUUGGGGCUUUCCAUGGGGGUGAGACCAGCUCCAGUGAGCCCUCAGGAGCACCACUGCUCAUGGCCAGCUCAGCUGCUGCAGGACAGGUCUGAGCCAGGAUGGGGCACAGCUCGGAGGCACCUCAAUUCAGUCUGCUUAAAAUAAGAAAACACACAAAAAAAUGUGAAUCAAACCACUGAAAACAUUAUUGUAGGCUAUUAUAACUUGGAGUAAAUUCUGCCCCUUUGCUUUUACCCAGCUCUGCCAACAGGACCAACCCAUCGCACAUCGGUGCUGGGAUGCACAGGAGAG